UUGCGAUAUGUCAUAGCGACUGACAGGAGGUAUUUGAUAGUCGUUUGCAAAUGUGGACGAUUUUUUAAAAUCUUUCUUGUGGCUGGUACCCGUACAGAACUUGCUGCCAGUGACUUAAUGUUAACUCAAUAAAUGUUUUACAACACUACGUGCUAAGUUUUCAGAAAACUCCAAGUAAAGAAGUCCAUAAAUAUUUGCAAAAAUACUUCAUAGGUGUUGUCUAUGAAAUUUGUGUGAUUGUGAAGUGUUUUCCUGAUGAGAUGUAUAAUUAGUGCUCCGUUGUUACAAUUAACAGCCGUCUGUUUUAACUUCGAUGAUGGGUUGGAUACAAUACUGCUCUCAGGUUCCAGGGAAUAAUUGCUGUAAACAGCUCAUAUUUCAGGUGCUGCCUAGGUAAUGGCUGUCGAUAAUGGAUAAUGAACAACCCCAUCAGGAGCUGGUGAAAUGCGUGGUUGUGGGCGACACCGCCGUGGGCAAGACGCGCCUCAUCUGCGCGCGGGCCUGCAACAAGCACGUCUCCCUGUCGCAGCUGCUGACGACGCACGUCCCCACCGUCUGGGCCAUCGACCAGUGCCGCAUCUACAAAGACGUGUUGGAACGGUCCUGGGAGGUGGUUGAUGGAGUCAAUGUGUCUCUUCGAUUGUGGGAUACAUUUGGUGAUCAUGAGAAGGAUCGCAGAUUUGCAUAUGGAAGGUCAGAUGUGGUGCUGUUGUGUUUUUCCAUUACAAAUCCAGUUUCACUGAGAAACUGUAAGAUUAUGUGGUACCCUGGGAUAAGGCGAUUUUGUCCUCAAACACCAGUUCUGCUUGUUGGGUGCAAGAGUGUUCUGCGUUACAUGUACAGAGAUGAGACAUAUCUUAGCUUCUUCAGGGAUCGUAGUCCUUUUGUGAGGCCAACUAGAAAAAGUGAUCUGGUGAUGCCUGACCAGGCCCGCACAAUUGCUAAGGAACUGGGUAUACCCUACUGUGAGACCAGUGUUCUCACUUAUUAUGGUGUGAAUGAAGUGUUUGAAAAUGCAAUUCGUGCUGCUCUUAUUGCUCGGUGACAGCAGAGAUUUUGGAUGACAAAUCUGAAGAAAGUUCAGCGUCCUUUGCUACAGGCACCGUUCCGUCCUCCCAAGCCACUGCCACCAGAACUUCAUGUGACAGCUAGCAGCUAUGCAGAAAUUAUGCAAGCACUGUGGCUACAUCAAGCCUACACAGAUGUUGUUUUUGUGGCAGGUAGUAUAGGUUUCUCAGCACACCGAUUUGUUUUGGCAGCUGCUUCACCUACUUUUCACAAGCUGCUAGUUGCAGGACUUGAUCUGGGAGUGCGCAGUUCUAGUGAGUCCAGUAUGGUAAGCACAUUUGGUGAGGCAACUGUGGGUGACUUCAAUGAUGAUACAGAAUGCCUCAUUCGUCAGUCUGACAGUUACUUCAAGCCUUCUCGUGUCUGGGAGCAGUUGAAACGGCGCUCCAGUUGCCGCAGCAGUAAGAGAUUAGGAUCUUCACGAGAACUCAACCAUCCAGCUCUCCAAGCAAUUAGAAUUGAACAGUGUGAGGCUACCAAUACAGUCUUAAAAGUAGGAACUGAUGGUGACGAAUUGUUGGAUGGUAAGCGACCGAACGCAAAACCUAUUUUCCCUAUCGGUGACAACAUACAGAUUGUGAAUCUGCCAGCCGAUGGCUACGAUCCACCUGGCGGCCUCGCAGUCGCCAUCACCGGCUGGGGCGCCACAGCCUCCACGGGACAGGAGGCGUCGACCACGCUAACGAAGGUGGACAUCACCGUCAUCGACCGAGCCAGCUGCGUGGCCACAUUCGGCGUCACCGACCGAAUGAUCUGCGCCGGCGAGGCCGGCAACAGCACCUGCUACGGCGACUUUGGUGGGCCGCUCGUUAGUGGCAGCACUCAGGUCGGCAUUAGCUCGUGGGCAAACGAAGAAUGCGAGUCCGAUGGCGCCGUCUACACUAACGUCGGCUAUCUCCGUUGGUUUAUCGAUGGUGCCAUGGCAAUGGAGUAUCCUAAGGAAAACUGA